GCUAUUUUAGUUGUUAAAGGAAACGCGAUUCGGAGGAUUUGUUGUCCACACGGUGUCCACCCGCGCCUUCCUGAUAAGCGAGGAACCGUACCGUUUGCCGUGUUGGCUCCCUGCUGCGGCUGAUAGGUGAAAAUACGGGAGCAUCGCGUUUUGAAAGGUAUUUGGUGUUAAACAGACGCACAAGCAUCCACAUACUUGGAUUUGUUGUUCAUAUAUCUUAUUUUCUCUUUGCGUUCCCACUUUCUAUUAUUAUCAUUGGCUGCACACAACGGCGUCAGCGUUUCGUCAUCGUUUUUCUUAUUUCCACGGUUAGACAUCCGUGGCUACUUCGCCGCAACCUAAGAGAGGAGCACGCGCGCACGUACACCCAACAUACCUCACCGUACCUUUUUAGAACACCUUUUUUUCAAACGAUACUUCCACGCUCAUUAGAACUUGCUUACUUUCUAUUUUACCUCCCUCGUUGUUUUUCUUCUCUCUGAGUAAUUAUCGACCCGUCAACAUUCUAGAGAUUCGUCUGUUUAACGGCACGGCGAUGGAGUUCCGGGACAUCAAGCCGCCAAUGCCGACGCUGCGGCUGCCGGAGGACUACCUCUACAAUCCCUUAUGCUUUGAAGCGCACACGUCGCCACAGUCGAAGAAGACCGUAGUGGGCACUGUAGAAGCGACAUCGCCCGUGCACAACGGCCACGACACCGCACACGCCACGUUGCCGUCUUCUACCUAUCUGCAUCGGCCUCUACGCUUUGUGCCGGCCGCGCCGCACGCUACCCCGCAGCGACGACGCGACCGUGCGGGUGCGGAGAGGACCACGCCGGAGUCGCCAAUGCCGUCCUCUACUCCUCAAACGCCGUCACAAAUCCCCCUGCCGCGGUCGUCCGCCCACUCUGGAAACACGUCGCUGAUCCGGCGGGCACACGCGCUGGCGCAGGAGGUGGCGGAGUGGCAGCGCUUUGAAGCUGCAAUUGAGAAGGGAAAGGGAAAGGGCCCGCAUUCCGAGCUCCUCAGCGCCUCGGCGACGGAGCUGAACAGCUCUGCCUGCCGACCCACGCGUGCGACGCAGCUGCGGGCCCAUCACAUCUACGAGCAGCUCGAGGAUCGAGAGGAGGCGGAGCACGACAUCUUUCACCGUCCCAAAGGGCGGCCCUCCUCCGCCACCUCACUGAGGAGCCCGCGGCGGUUGUCCGGCGCGACGGACACCUCGACGCCGCAGCGCCGGAACGCGACGACGCCGGCCCGCACGCCGCGCUCCACUAAAGCCGCCGAACUGCGCCAGCGCCACUCCACUCUGUUGCUCGAGGAGAUGGCGGAGGCGACGCGGCUUCGAGUGGAGGAGGAGGCAAAGGAGGGAAAGGAACGGCAACGCCCUGCCUCGUCGCACAGCAGCACACCAGCGCCGUCUCCCGUUUCUACGGGAAGCGCAAAAGCGCGUGCGGUCAGAAACACUGGGGCAGUGGGGGUGCAGAGCAGAAAUGAAGAGCGGCAGCGGCGCAGGAUGGCGAGCGACGGGCACGACGGCCGCCGUGCACCGACUGGAACAGCCACGCCCACACGGCGAAGAGGCUCCGAUGCCAGCGUCAGCUCCAAGGACAAGAUGAAGGCAGCGGUGUCGAAGUACCUCGAUGAACAGGAAAGAAGUUCGGAGAAGUUCUUGGCCGCGCUGUCACCUAUCGAAAAGAACAGCAUGAAAGGAGAUGAGGAGUACGACGCACCGGCUGCACUGCCCGCACCAAAGCAGCGGCGGCGUCGCGGGGAAGUGGCACAGCCGCUGCUAUCAACAAAAGCACACCGAGAUGGCGACAACCAGAUGGAGUCGAAGAUGUCAGUGCCACGUCGGCAGCCCGCUGCGGCGGGUGCGGGACCGCCUUCUCCCGAGCCUCGCCCUCCCCCUGCCUCUACCGUCUCCCCGGCCGCUGUGGCACACGUACAUGUGCCGCCUAAAAACUCCAGUGUGACCACAGCACAGCCACCACCACCACCACCACCACCGCAACGCAGUACGAGGGAUGCUGCCGCACAGACAAAGCAGCAGUUUAUCUACCCAGUGAGGAAAGGUGCGGCCGCCACUACGCAAGACGCACCACUGACGCAGCAGACGCUGACAGCGGGCCCGGAGCCGACCGCAGCAGCUGUGGGGGGUGCAGCGGACACUACGGGACCGCCUCCAGCGGCGACACGCGACACGAAGUCGCCUACGCCGUCGCCAUCGCCUUACUCCUCCAUCGAAUUUGACGUGGCAACGCCGUCGCGGCUGCACAGCUCAGUGUUGCUGUCGCCUAGUGUUGUUCCUGCUGAUCACGAAGAGGAGGAGAAAGCACACGACGGUGUACAUCACGCAACGGCUGCAGGAAGCAGACCGCAAACGCACCGGUUGCCAAACGAUGUCGCGCGCACGCCGAGGCCCGCAGGGGGAAGCCUCUCCUCUGUUGACGCCGCGCGGAGGCGAAGUCUGUUGUCUCUUGACCGUGACCAGGCAGAGAGCUCCCCUCCACGUGAGCAUGGCGCCUGCGUAUCGCCGUCACCUGCAUCGAAUCGAAGUCCGUCCGCCUCCCCGAAGAAGCGCACGCCUGCCAAGGCAGCGGUGGAGGCUCCAGCACCGGUGCCGCCUCCUGCACUCUCCACAUCAUCGAGACAGCCAGCUGCGCCAAAAACGACAUCACCACCAGCUACCGCAGCACCGCCUACGACGGAGUCAUCUGCUGACCGGCUAAGGGCUCCUGCUGAGCGGAGAGGGCAGCUCCAGCAGUCAUCAGCAAAGGACGUAGCGACGACGCAACCUGCGCGGCACGCUCUGCCCCCCAAAAGAGAAGAAGAGUCGCCCGCUGACGAAAUGGCACUGUCGCAGUCGUUUCCCUCCGUCCGCUCAUUUCAUUCCGACGAUGAAGCGAUGCCCGACGCAGCGGAACACCCAGCGCACGGCCUUCCUGCGGCGCACUCGGCCCCCGCUGCUCCCUCUCCCUCCGCAGACGCCGCCACGACGCAGGCGCAGCUCUUACGGUACUACCGCUCCGCCAACUCAUCCUCGGUCGGUCCGGUGCGGCACGCGGCUCCGCUCCUUCUCCCCGCCGCGCUGCCCAUGCGCACCCUUCCAGGGGACGACGUCGGCGCCAUCACGGCGGAGUCGCACCCGCACACGGCUGUGGAGGAGAUCGUAAACACGGCGCAGACAGACGCGGAAAGGGAGGAGUCCGCGCACACGGCCACCACAACGCGGUCCAGCUCACGCGCCACAGCGCGCAGCUCCGUCUCCACCGCGUCCACCUCCUCGGUGGAAGACGAAUACAAUCAACGCAGCGGCAGCGAAGGGCCGCACCCACAUCUGCGCCACUCUGACGCCUCGGUGUCGUCUCCGCCGCAGGACUGGCGUGAGGAGGUGGUGGACGAGCACGAGAGCGGUUCUCUCUCGGCCCCGGCCUUUUCUUUCUUGGCGGACGCCACCGCCGACUUCUCUCUUUUUCGCGGGUCGGCGGCGCCGUUUGAGGCGGGUGGCGGCGCGCCGACGCACGAGCCGUUUGGCGGCGGCGGUCCCCGUGCGUGGGGCCUCCCUGUCCCGCCGACCAAUCACACCCACGCCGCGGCAGCGUGGAAGGCGCGACAACGAGCGGCCUCGACGGGAGGAAGCGACGCGGCGUCCUUCGCCUCCUCAAAACCCCCCGCUGAGCAGCACCCAAAACGCAGGAGACCGUCUACCACAGAGGCGUUGCUGCCGCUCUAUGAACCGCGCAUGGAGGGCCCUGUUUGGAAGGAUGCCCUCGACACCGUCCGCGUGCCGCAGCUGCAGGAGAGCAAUCGCCGCUCUCCACCCACGCCAAAGGUGAUGGCGUGCAUGGCGACGGAGGAGGAGAAAAGCGGUCAUUUGACGGCCUCGGCAAUAGAGGACGUGACACCGUCAGCGAGCAAAGCCGAACGGAUGACAGCAGCACCCUUGGAAACAACUGAGCCCGCAAGAGAAAAAACAGAUAAAGUUGUCGAGACCGCCACCGCCAACACACCUGCGGUCGCGAUCAACAGCACCCCGGCGUCUUCGUCGUCCCCAUCGACGGAGCGGCCUCUUGCGAGUGGGCCGAAGCCGUUCCACACCUCUCGGCUUCCCGCUCGUUCGCGAGCCGCGCCGCAGAACUCGCCGCUGUCGGUGAACGCGCACGUAGCCAGCUCUGAAGUGCCGUCGGCGCCACCGCCGCCGACUCGUACCGCCCUCUCUCCGUGGACACACCAGCGCCCGUACACGGUGGGAGGUGCAGGGCAGCAUGCGUGCAGUCCGACACUCUCCACAAAAGAAGACGGUCCCAGUGCGUGUCCUCUUAGUGACACCUCCCCCGUUGGAGCGCCUCAGCUGUCCACUACGUCGCCGACGAAGAGAGGCAAGGCGCGUGCUGCUUCGACAACACCCGCUACCGAUGCCGCGCCCACAAAUCAGCAGGAGGCACCAGCCGCUGCAGCGCCUACCACUCCGUCGCCUGCUGGGACGCCGCCUCCAGCUCCCACCCCGACGAAUGCUGCGGUACCACCACCCAUGACUGAAUUCGCCUCACCCGCGGUAAAGGCGACAGGGGAGAAACCCUUCAACGCGACGGAAGGAGCGUCUCCGGCGCCGGACAGCGGCAUCCAGCAACUCUCGAAGUACGCGCUGUGGAAGGCAAAGCAAAAGGCGCAGUUACAGGCAGCAGAGGCAGUGGCUUCUCCUUCAUCUUCCGCGGCUCAAAUAAUGGAAAAGACACCGACACAAUCCAGACCUUCUGGAGUCGCACGACAAGUUAUGGGGGACCUGGCGGACGUGCACCUUGCUGCCUCACCACCCGCACACGCGCCAGAGGCAAGCUCAGCGCUUGGUUCGACCACGCACACCCUUCUCGGGUCGCAGUCGAUGGGUGGGACAGAGAUGGAGCGAACACCGAUGGAGCGGUCACUGCCGGGUCUGCUCUCCGACGCCUCCGCGGACGAAAUGGGAGAGAGCGAGGGCGCAAGGGGGCCUCUCAGCCACGCCCCUACGCCGCUGCGUUUGCGGUCACCCCCGCCCAACGUUGCAUCUCCAGCCUUGGAGAGGUUCGCUGCGGUGCGCGACACCUCCGGGGACGCAACUGCAACCGUCACCGAUUCAUCGAGCCGCGCCUUUUCUCGCUCCGACACCUCCACCCGAAGCUUCUCCAACGCAGCGGCCGAAGGGCACACAACGGCGGCGCCAGUCCAAACAGGGACGAUGCCGCACACAGCGGAGAGGGAAAUAGUUGAAGGAGCCGCGAGCCCUACUUUCUGGAUGGCGCAGACGGCGGGGCACAGCUCCUCAGAGUCGAUUUCUAUGGAUAGCGACGCGAUAGCGGCUGCAGGUGCCCCCGCAGGCGUAGAUGAAGGUGGCGCUAUGACCACUGCGUUUCCAUGGGGUGGGUUGGUGGGCGACUCACCUCCGCCCAGCACAGACGUGACGGUCGCACACGAUGCGCAGUGGCCCGGCAGCAGCUCUGAAAACACAGCAGCCUUCUUACCGGCGCCGGCAGCCGUGGAAAGGGAUUUGCGUGGUGCCGUAGAGGAGGCGUCGGAGAGCAGCGGAAGCCCCCGCCGCUGCCAAUCGGAGCAAGCGAGCGAAAUGGCGGUGGCCAUGCCGGAAUCGCCCGGCCUCUUCUCCAACAACUCUAGCAGCCUGGCCAGCACGCCGGUUUUCCACAGCAGCUCGCUGUACACCUCACCGGCCCGCGUAGACGGCAGUGCGGCAUCGGCGCUGACACCGUGGUCUGCGGAUACGAAGACGCCAGAAGCAGCCGGGAGCGACAAGCGCGAAGAUGCAGAGGAGGAAGAAAGUGUUCGUAAGGACGAGGAGGCGGUCGGGGAACCCAGCCCACUGCAGGAGCCCGCACAGCAACGUGCUCCAAUGCCGCCCUGUGUGGCCAAUGCUGCAGCAGCGGCGGCGUCGCCACCGUGUACCCCGCAGGCAACCGCCACGGACGACGAUGCCACCCCUUCUCCGUUUCGUCCCGCGACGCCCCUUCCGAGCGAAGACUUUCGGGGGGGGGGGGCACCGUCGUUGACCUCGGACACCAAUCCAUGGAGUGGGCGCUCCUCUCCUGCGCGGGUGUGGGAAGGCGCGGCGACGGUCUCUGCGAUGCCGUCAGUGGCGGAGGAUGAUUUGGAAGUGUUUCGUGGGGCUACCGCAUCUUCGGUAUCAGUGCCGCUGGCGCGUAUGCAGUACGUCCAUCAAGAUUUGUAG